ACAAUCAUGAUAAAUAUAUCAGAGUUGGAUGUUUGUGAUACUUACUCUCCUCCUUCUACAAAGACUCUGCUCUUGGUGGGCUAUAGUCUUCUGCUGCCACUUGGGGUUGUGCUUAAUGGCGUGUCCCUCUUCAUCUUCCUAUAUGGGCUGCGCCCACUCAGUGUGGUUGGAAUAUUCCUCUGCAACUUGGCAAUAAGUGACCUCCUGUUCUCUCUCUCAUUACCAUUUAGGAUUUAUUAUUAUUCACAGCACCAUUGGCCCUUUGGACCCUUUCUUUGCCGGCUCUCAGGUUCUAUAUUUCAGAUAAAUAUGUAUGGAAGCUGUGUGUUCCUGCUGUGCAUUAACCUGGACCGAUACCUGGCAAUUGUGUACCCUCUGCGCUUCCGCCACCUGCGCCGUCCUAAGGUGGCCUAUCUGGUGUGUUUUUCUGUCUGGUUGCUGAUUGUCAUGGGAUCAGUGCCAGCUGCUCUUGUUCAUAGCUCAUCAAACUGCUGGAAUGGUGACUAUGAAGUGCCACGUUGCUUUGAAGGGCUGACUAGCUGGCAAGGUCGUGUCUUCCCUCUUCUCUUGGUGGCUGAGGUUUUAGGGUUCCUGCUGCCUCUUGUAGUGGUGCUAUAUGCUUCAUGCUCUGUUUUUUGGGAGUUGUGCUGUGCACAAGAAGGAGGCCAGGAACGACACCGCAGGACUAUAAGACUCCUCUGCCUGAACCUUUGUAUUUUCCUUUUCUGCUUUGUGCCCUACAACACAACCCUUAUGGCUUAUGGGCUUCUGAGAGCAGAGCUAGUUUCAGACCCAUGGGAGGCACUGCCUGUGGUGAAGAAAAUGCUUUCUUUUACAAUGCUGCUUGCGAGUACCAACUGUGCCCUGGACCCAAUGGUUUAUUACUUUAGCACAGAGGGCUUCCGAAAGACUUUGCAUAAGCUGAGCAGGAAAGCAAGAAAUACCGAGAUCAAGCAGGGAUUAAACAAUGUCACAAUGAACAAGGGAAAACAACAAAUAUCCUCUGUGGUCAAAGGAGGAAACACACAAGAGGGUCAUAGGAAUGGGAGUCACCAGGUUAAGGAGGAGACAAGGAGGACUCUUUUGUCUUAUGAGGUGAACAAAGCAAAUCCUGCACGUAACAAUGACAGAAAAUCCAUGAUGCUGCAAAGGACAAUUGAGGAAUCCAGUAUAUGAGAGUUGGAGACAGGUUCGGUACUGGCAGCCAGAGUAUAGGCUACUUUAGACACCAUCAAUGGAGACAAAUGGCUCUAAAAAAAUAAACUCAUUAAACUAAAUAUAACCACAACAAAAGUCUUGAUCAGUUAUAAUCAACCCAGAAGCUCCACAAAAUAUUUUGGGUAGUCUUUGGGCAUACUUUGGGGCCUAUUUAUUAAAGGUCUUGCGGAUCUGAUCUGACAGUGUUGUCAGUAUAUUUAUAAAAAUCUUAGCAGUAUUCUCUAAACAAUGUGGGAGUAUAUGGCAGGGAAUAUAUUUAACAAUCUUUCUUUAGACUGAACCCACAAUCAAUAUACUUCUACUAAGACAACAAAAUUAAUAUAAAUAUCUGAAUUCUUUAUUAUUAGUAAAUAACUAUGAACAUGUUGAUACAUAAAUAUUUGUAAUAAUUAGAAUAUGAGUCAAUAUAUGCGUUAAAACAAAAACUAUUUAAAAUAUACUAUGCAAAGCUCAUGCAAAUUUACUUUAAAACCAGCCUUUCAUUCAGAGCUGCAUUUAAAAUAUUACAAUGAGACCUAAAAUAGCAGCUACAAACAUUCAGCAAUAUGACUUACAGUUUAAUUUUACCCUGUUAAUACAAUGAGGUUCCAAAAUCUUUAACAGCUCAAUACCCCAGCAACACAAUUCUAACAGUGCUAAUUUAAACAAUAGGACAAUCUAUGCUUCUAUUAAAACAUCAGAAAUUGUAUAUAUUAUUUAUGUAAAAACCCAAUUCUGAGUUAUCACUCUAUAGUUGUAUAGAUAAAACAAUUUAGCAUCAAGGAUAUGUAUUUAACAAUAUACAGACUGAAUAUAAACUACAAUAUGAAACUGCUCCCUUUAAGUUUUUCCACUAUACUUUAAACUACAGCUAUUAUGCAUAUAUCUGUGUUAAAAUAUUAAUUGCAACCCUCUUUCUUUUUAUAUAUAUACGUUACCGCAAUGACCGAAAUUGAUAGUUCAGUUACCAAGGAUUCCUGGUUUCAUCUCAGAAAAUAUAUAAGUAAAUUUUUGCAAUCACUGAGAAAAAGGUAGAACAGCUUGCUCAGAAUGAAUGUAUUUUGGACACCCAGCAGUAGAUCAUUCAAGUUAGCAAAAUCUGUCUCCCUUUUCCUCUUUCCUGCAUUCACUUAAAUAAGUUUUUCACUCAUUUAUGAAACCAUGGGAGUGGCCCUAUGAGAUCUGACCAUCCCAUUGGUUAGGUGGGAUGUCUAUUUGGAUUGGCCUUCGGUCACCACGGAAAUACUGUAUAUCCUUUUUUUUUUUUAACAACUAAAUCCUUUAACUGCUAUACCGGUAUCGGCCCUUCGGUGGCAGCAGACAUACAACAUAGCAAUGCAUUUAAACACAUCUCUGAACAUUUAAAAAAAAAAUUAAAAUGUGUAAUAACUGCCAUAAUUCCCUCAUAUUAAGAAGUUCGCAAUACCAAUCACAGACGGGUAAGAUCACAUUACCUCUCUGGUCAUUUUGAUAUGAAACAUGUGUCUAACAUUAUUUAUAUUGAAUAAUUUAUAUUGCUAACUAUUCAAUUUUUCGUAUUAAACAUAUUAUAUUUUAUUGCAUUAGUAAAUUUCUUUUGUUAACAUUUAUAUUUUAUUUAGCCUAACAGAAAAUUUAUAUUUCAAUAUCAGAUGUCAAUAUUUCAUAGUUAUAUCACAUCAAAGUAACUUCCAUAUAUCCAUCUCACUAUAUUUCAAGAGAUGUAUUUAAAACUUUAUAAACAUUUAUUUCACAUUCAUAUGAUAUGACUUAUUUCAUCCCAUGUAUCGUCCUGUGUGUGUCAUUUCUUAGUUCCACCUGGAAAACAGGAAAGCAUGUUAUAUAUACAUAUAUGGGUUAUUUGAAUUAUUUUAAACAUACAUGGAAAACUGACAUUGUUCCCUUUGCAAAAUGUAUUUAAUUCUAUUUGAGUCACCUUCCCCCCCAGCUGUGUGUCUGCAGCACAUGUCUUGUUUUGAAUCCACAAAGAUUUAGGUGACAAAUUCCAGAGGGCUCCCGAGCACAUUCUCCACCCAAAACACAGAUCAUUUAUUCUAAAUAAUCAAAGGGGUUUCCUGUAAGUACUAUGCUUAUCUUGCUAUUUCAGAUUUAAUCCUUUUAAGUGAUUGUUUUAAAUUGGGUAGACCAAAUGUUCCAUUGUCAGGGGGAAGUUUUAAUUACAAUUUGGUAUGGCUUCAUGUUCACACUUUAGCUAGGAAUGUCUCUUUUAAAGUAAUCUUUAUGAGUUUCCUGUGUAAUUGAAAAAGUGGGGGAGAAAUAAACAUGAUUGAAGUCA